GUCGUUGUCCUGUCAUGCUGUCAGUUGCGGGCGGAAAAGGAUUCAACGAGGAAGUUUGCUGGUAGGAAGAUUUUCCGUGGGGAUUUUUGGAGGACUCUGGCUCGUCGUGGGGGAGUUCUGGUGUGUAGGUGGAUUGAGUUUGUGUACGUUGGUGGUUUCGGGAGGGAAUUUCGCGCGCGGUUUGUGAACUUUUUGUGUUCUUGGCGGUGGAAUAGUGUGUGGGGACAUACGUGCAAGAAGAAAAAUCACCAAGGACAGCCACGAGAGAUGUGGCUGAGAUAACCCGCAGAGAGACAACGGGCAGAGUGUGAGCAUGUGGCCAGGAUUAAGUCGGCAGCAAGAGAAUUUGAGUCAGCAGGAGACGCUGGCGGAUGCAGAGCAUAUUUCAACCAUUGCCGGAAGUUUAGGAUCCAUCGGAACACUCUCUCAGUGUGCCGAUGAACCCGUCUACGACACUGACCACACCGAUCUCAAUUCUGAUUACGAUGAAGCUGAACUUCGGAGAGAAUUGCUGAAGGAUAAAUGGCGUCAACUUUUUGACACGAUUGAUCCUGAAGGAUUUGGCGAGAUACCUGUAGAUGAUUUUAUAAAUGCCUUAAAAACACCUGAAAUUCAAUCACAAGUGCCUCUCAAUAAACGUGAAUUGCUGCUGGAACGUGCCCUGAAAUCGAAAGGACCAAAAGGAUCCGGCUCGGUGUCCUUUCAAGAAUUUGUAAAUGUGGUGAGUAAUUAAUACUUUGCAUACAACUUUAUUAAAUUUUCAGGACACUUCUUUUUGCAUAAAAUCCUUUUCCAUGCCAAAGCUUUUAUUUUCCUUGAAAAAAGCUUUGCGAAGUGUGUGGGAAAAUGCAUAAAUAUUUCAUAUGAAGAGAACAGGAAAAUUAUUUAUGUGGUUUAUGUGUGAAUUGUAGGGAUUAAAAAUUAAUUAAAACAUCCCCAUAUCUAUUAGUUGGUAUACCACAAAUGUGGCAUACCAAGUAUUUUUCAAUGAAAAUUGAAAGAGAAAGAAAAUUUCUUUUGAAAGAUUUUUUUCCUUGAACUUUAUGAUUAAUUCAAAGAAUCAAGAAAAUGAUUUUCCUGAUUUUCUCUUCCGCGAAAAAUCGUGUUUAUAUUAAACUAGCUUUCUACGAAAACAGUAGGAAUAUAAUUCAUGAUUUUGUUCCCCUUUAACCCAACAAAUAAAUAUCUCUCACAAAUCGUGAAAAAUAAACCAACAUUGAAAAUAUCCUUUGAUUUCCUUUUAUGCAAAUUUAAUAAAUUCGUCUCACACUGGAGGUCUGUUAGAGACUACAUAUACCUACAUAUAUUGUAUAUUUUAUGUCAAGUUUGCGUGUCACCGCUCACAUGUUGUAUAUCGCGCAUACAACAUAAAUUAGUAAAUAAAACCUCUCCUCUUGCGCGAUGUCUUGUUAAAAUAAGGAGGCACACGGAGAGAGGCACAUACCUAUCUUUUUUUCACUCUCUCUCCAGAUUAAAUUGUUAGACGUCGUGUCUAACAUUUAUUACACCAGCUCUAUACCGGAUGUGAGGGGGUGGGUCAUUUUUGUGGGGUGACUCAUACGAUAUUAAAGUGUGUCUAUUCCUUCCCCCCGAUGUGUACGACACCAAAACUACCCCAAGGUGAAAGAGCUUAUGACAAAUUAAUCUAUUUAACGUUGAAGUAUAUUUCAUUGUGGGGUGGCAUUGUUGAAAUUACUCAUUUGGGGUGUUUUUCACCCUGAAUUUCAUUUCCUCUCCUUCUCACUUUUAGGGGAUUAUUUGAAUUUUCGCAUUAAUGCGAGUCAGCGUAAUUUUUGCGUGAAACUUCUCCCUUCUCGUAUAGUUUUUUAACUCACACCUUUUACCGAGGGGACGAUUCCCCCAAUACCCGCGAAAAAGGGUUAGUUAUUCAGGAAAAUUAAUUGGUU